AGGUCAAGCUAAAACCUUGAAGAUCGCAGUUGCCCUUGUAGCGGAGCGUGCCAGCGCCGUGUCAGCGUCCUGCAGGAACCUGCAUGCAAGCUAAUUGUAUUGGUCGGUUGGCGUUUCCACACGGCGGUGGCACGGCGCUGGAACGGCGCUGGUGUUGCACUGGAACGUUGCUGGAUGGCGCUGGCACCGAACUCUGGACGCAGUCUAAAGAAAAACUUGCCAGAUCUCUCCAACCACAUGGUACAAUGAUUUGGUCACGGUAUCUGAGACGCAGAGGUUUUGGUAUGGUAUGCAGGGUAUUUAUGGGAUGCACUAUUGUAUUUAUUACUUUACAAAUUGCCAACUCAUUUCCUAGCCUUUCAAUACGGGAACGAAAGUUAGCUGCCGAUGUACAUGCUUCAGCUCAAGAUGGAGAAGCUAAUAAGUAUAUGCACAAUAAGGAACCAAAUCUCUAUAAGACUGGGUCCGGUAACCAUGCUCAAGUAGUACAAAAGCCGAAUAACUCAAUGAACAACUAUUUACACCAGGGAGAAGUGAAAGAUCCGCAGAAGAAUUUUAUGAGACCACCACGAAAGAGUAGAAAGAACGAGUUCUACGAAAAUAUCAUAGUUCAUUUCGAUCUGAAGGGAGCUCCUCCUCGGGUUCCAUAUUUUAUGGAACUGCUCGAUCUUGUUGCACGAGCUGGAGCCACGGGGAUUCUGCUAGAAUGGGAAGAAAUGUUUCCAUGGAAGGGUCGACUAGCAGUGGCAAGAGGUGCUGAUGCAUACUCACUUGAUGACGUACGCGCUAUACUAUCUAGAGCAAAGAGCCUAAAUCUUGACAUAAUUCCGCUGGUGCAAACGUUUGGUCAUUUGGAAUGGUUUUUGAAGUUAGAAGAGUUUCGAAAGUACAGGGAGAAUGAUGCCUAUCCACAAGUACUGUGUUUGGGUGACCAAGAUGGUGUUGCUAUAGUCAAGGAGGCUCUAAAGCAAGUGAUAGAUGUCCACAAGGAGUUCGGCAUCAAAUAUUUCCAUAUCGGAGCGGACGAGGCAUUCGAGUUUGGAGUCUGUGAAAAAUCACGUAAUUGGAUCAUGUCUAAAGGAAAGGGAGCUGAUAAACAACUUCUGGCACUGACCCAUUUGAAAGACAUCGCGGAGUACGUAAGAAGCCAAACGGAUGGAGCAACGGUUCUCGCUUGGCACGAUAUGCUGAAGGAGUUUGACCUACGCCUUAUUGGUUCUUUGGGACUCGGACGAAUCAUUGAGCCAGUCAUUUGGGACUAUUCUGAAGGGAUUGUCACAAUGCCAGAACAAGCCUUUUCUGCCCUGGCUGAUAAUUUUCCGAUUGUGUGGGCGUCUUCUGCUUACAAAGGGGCGAACUUCCCUUCUGCUAAGUAUAUCGAUAUAUUACAUUACGAAACGAAUAAUAAUGAUUGGAUUGAAGCGAAAAGGACUUACGAAGGUAAAUUCGAGAAGUUCCACGGCAUAAUUUUGGCGGGAUGGCAAAGAUACGACCACAUGGCUGCAAUAUGUGAGACCUUACCGGUAGGAACUCCAUCAAUGGUGUUGAAUGUGCAAGUCGCAUUGUUGGGCAGGAAAGAUCAACAUUUGGCAAGGAAUAGAGCAGCUCAAAUUCUUGGCUGUAACCAGUUCCACGUGGGCGGUUUAGAUCCGAUCAGCCAGAGCUGCAACUUUACAGGGUUUCAAGUGUAUUACUUGUUCCAAGGAUCUGCUAGAAGUACGAUCAAGUAUAUAGAGUCAGAACUUGACAAAAGCCAUUCAAUCAAAGGUUGGCUGUCGCCAUACAGUAUGCGGUACAAUUUUACUCAGAACUGGUAUCUCAAAGACAUCAAGUACCUUGUGCAAAUGCUACAAAUGCAAAUAAAGUCAAUAGAACAAGCACUGAGAAGAGAGCUUUCAAUGUUGUUUUUUCCAAAUACCGUGGACGAGUUCAUAUAUCUUACAAUAUCACCAACCGUAGAUCGAUUGAAGAAGUAUGAAGAUGAAAUUGAGAGGCUCUUGAAAAUACGAUCAUGGCCGAAACGGCCAUUCCCAAUCAAAACCUAGCUUGAAGUUUAGAGCAAUCUUAGACAUGAAUUGAUUUGAUUGUUUCGAAAUAAUACUUAGCUUGAAGUUGUUAUUCUAUGCUUGCUAUGGUUUUCUUUUCUGGAUGGGCCUAGCCCUCAUAGUUUUUUUUUUGUCAAAGUGUCUUUUCAAAAGAUGCCAUAUCAACGUCAGGACAUUGUUUUGGUUUUGUUUAUCGACACCGUAUGAGCUUUAAGCACAUAUGCUUCCUCUCUCAAACUACAAUGAAAAGCAUUAUUAGCCUCAAGCACUAGAAGCUCAUAUCCACUCAUUGUAUUACGAUUACGUAUUACAUAUCCUUCGGCAUACUACGUCGGGUAUUUAUUGUGCAGCACACCGAAAGCUUAACUGUCCAUCAUUACGUUCACUGUGAUUAUAUCCAACUCACAUCCGCUUUUCAAUUUGUCGGGUCAUAUUGUCGUUGUUUAGCGUGUAAAAAUUGUCUUGUAAAUUCAUAUUGCUAUAUAUUAUGGAC